AUGUCUGCAGAUUAUAGUGGGCCACCUAUUCGUUUCAAUCGAGGAUUUUGGGAUGAUAAACUUAACCGACUGAAACUCGCCCAAAUUUUUCUGGGAAUAGCUGCAGCCAUUUUCAAUUCAUACUGCUUCCCUAACUCGUUGUGGGGCUUUUGUACUUACAGAAUUCAUACAUUCCCUCAGAUUUUCUCGAUUCUCUGUGUGAACAUUUUCUUCAUUGUGAUUAGUAGCUUACUUGCCUUUUGUAAUUUGUUGGGCAUCAUGGAUUCCUACUAUAAAUAUAAUUUCCCUCUUCUGGAGAAGUUCUUGACUACCCUGGCCACUGUGAUGUACUCCAUCAGCUCUGUAUUGGUGUUUGUGGCUUUGUUAACAUCUCCAUUCAUAGCAAGUUGGUUGCUUCCACUGUUUUUCACAUUAUGGACAACAGCUGCUUAUGGCUGGGACUCGAAACAACGAUGGGAUGCCGAUUCACGAUAUUGA